AUGAGGCACAAAGUAGUAUUUCAAGAUGACGGUGGUCAUCUUCUUUUGGAGUAUUACUUUUUACAGCCCACAUUUUGUCAGGCUCAAUACCAAAUAUGUGUCUCUUUGUUUGGCUAUACUCUGUCUGAUAUAUCAAGAAUGUAUCUCUAUUCAAAGACUACUGGUAUUGUCUUUAUAGUUCUGAAGAACAUGUUUAUAUCAAUUUUAUGUCAAGUCUUCUCUGUCUUCAUUCCCACUAUUAAAGUAUGUAUUCCAUGUCUACUCCCAGAAGGCUUUAAAUUAUAUAUAGCGAGCAAGAAUUUGCGGACUGACAAUCGUUCUACAUUGGGUUUUCGUGUACCCGUUGUUAUGAUGAUAUGCAUCAGCACCAUAGAUGAUAUCGUACCAUUGCUCAAAAUGAUAUAUCACAAAAAUUGUGAUGAUAUCGGCUCAAUCAUCUACAUUUUUGGUACAUUUGAUCCAGAUGAAUUUACCCUAUUUUUCCAGUGUACUAUAUUUGGUUAUUAG